AUGUCGGAACAGGCCUCGCAUCGGUCGGCCAGCAAUGGAAGCCCGCCGCCUGAUGAUCUCGAGCAUGAUCUUGAUGCUUUUGUUCAGCCACUGCUUAUCGACGACAACCUGGUGCACAACCUGGCCUACAAGUUCUCCAAGGUCUAUGGAGAGCUAGCCUUACGGUCCGAAGAGCAAUUUCUGCCUACCCCGGUAACCAAACUGCCCACAGGACAUGAGACGGGCCAAUUUCUGGCCAUCGACGUUGGAGGCACUAAUCUACGGGUGGCAUUUAUCGAACUGUUGGGCGACACGGAGGAGCUGCUGCCUACAGCCAAUGGUGUGGAACGGUCACGUGAGACGAUUCGCAACGCUCAACGUCCUCGCGUGCGGCGGACCUUGGAGAAGGCCUGGCCCAUUGGAGAGCAUUUGAAGAUGGAUAAGACAGAGGAUCUCUUCGCCUGGAUUGGCGACUGUAUAGCUGAGGUCGUGGGGGACCGGUUGACUUCGGACAUGGGCAAAGUCCCCGUUCCAGACGAGCUCCCGAUGGGCAUCACUUUCAGCUUUCCCAUGAUGCAAACGGAGCUAUCGUCCGCGACCUUGAUGCCCAUGGGAAAAGGUUUCACCAUCAGUUCUGAUCUUGAUCUUGGAUCUACUCUGUUGCAAGGCUACGCCCGCCACACUCGCCGCCAGUCUCCCACAGGCUCGUCCCCGAAGGCCAAGCGGAGAAAGCUCGGCCCGCUCCCUCGGCUGAAGAUCACGGCCAUCUCCAACGACACGAUUGCGACUCUCGCUUCACUGGCAUACACUGUCAAGUCCCUGCCGAAUUCUCGGGUCGUCGCCGGUAUAAUCGUCGGAACGGGAUGCAACGCCACGAUCCCCAUGAAGUUCUCCAGCUUGGGCGAGACCAAAGUCGAACCGAUCAGAAUGAACAAACCUCAUGCUACAGAGACGGUUGUGAACACAGAAAUCACAAUCGCUGGUGCUUGCGCGCCUUUACAAAGCAUUACAACUGAAUGGGAUCGUCAAUUGGAUCAGGCAUGUGCGCGACCCGGCUUCCAGCCUUUGGAAUACAUGACCGGAGGCCGAUACAUUGGGGAGCUGAUUCGCAUCAUUUUCUUUGAUUACAUGACGCGUGCCCACAAGCCACCGGUGCCCGCAGCCUCUCUUCCCGCGACGAUUGUACACAGCUAUAGUUUUAGCACCACGUUUGUGAGUGCAGUGGUUGCACGGGCUCGGUCAGAUUCAGAACUGGCUGGCGAAUUGAAGCGCCGCAUCCCUCCUCCGGAAUCUUCGAACUGGGGGUGGUCACCGCAUUCGGCCGGCGCGCUGCGCAAAAUUGCGCAGAUGGUUCAGAUUCGAUCCGCCGGGCUUAUUGCCGCCGCUACAGUCGGGCUUCUGGCUACUGUGGGCGAAAUCGCAUUGUCAGAGCCUGGCAGUCCUGCGUCGCUUUCUGACGGGAUGGUAUUGACCGACAGCAAGCCAGCGUCACCCAAAUCAAGUGUCCCUUCUCUGCCACAGCGUGACGCCAGAGAUGGUCUUUCACCGGCUCCCGGUGCAACAGCCUGGAAGUCCGGACCAGAAGAAUUGGUCAUUGCUUACACUGGUGGAAUUAUCCAGCACUAUCCCAACUUCAAAGAACAGUGCCAACGGUUUAUCGACCGGUUAGUGAUGAGAGCAGGUCCUCAGGACGGCGGCAAGAGUGUUUUCUUAAGAGAAGCUCGGGAUGGCGGCAUCAUUGGAGCCGGCGUCCUUGCAGGCAUGGAGACUCAAGAGCGGGGCUUAUCCUGA